AUGGGUUCAACCGCCACUCGAUCUUUCACUGCCGAGCCACGCGCCACCACGACGCCCCACGGCGUCAAGCGCGCGCUCCUCGACGGGCCGGGCGCGUCGCCAUGCGACAAGAAGAAGCGCAAAGGCCGCGACCCGCCGCGCGCCGACAGCGCGUCCGACCAGAGCCGGCGGCGCCGCGCUGCGCUGUCGCCUCUGAGCGUCGCGUCGGCCGCGCAGCUCCGGCAGCACGUGCGGGACGUGCGUCGCGAGCGCGUGCUCCGACCGCUCGCGGCGACCGUCUCGAAGCUCAUGUUCCACAAGGCGAAUCACGGCUUUUUCAACGUGCGCGUGGACCCCCUCGUGUGGAAUAUUCCCCACUACUUUGAAGUCGUCAAGCACCCGAUGGACCUCACGCGCGUCAAGACCAAGUGCUUGAACCUCGAGUACGCGAGCGCCGACGAGUGCGCGCAGGACGUGCGGCUCGUGUUUGCCAACGCCUGUCUGUUCAACCCGCCGGGCCACGUCGUGCACGAAGCUGCGGUCGCACUGCUGAAGGAGUUUGAGACGGACUAUGCCAAGUACCGGACGAAACUCGACGCGCUUGCGAAGCGGCGCCGCGAGCACUCGUGUCCCUACUGCCUCGACAACGUCUGCAGCAUUUGCGACGAGAAGUGCGUUACGUUUGAGCCGCCGUUUGUCGUGUGCUCGGGCGCCUGUCGGCAGCGCAUCAAGCGCAAUGCAGUGUACUACAAGAGUCCCGAUGGACACUACCAGUGGUGCGCCAAGUGCUAUGCCUCGCUGCCCAAGGUGCUGGUGUUGAAGACAGCUUCGUCGAUGGUGGCGACGACCAGUGAGCCACCACCGGCGGUCGGGGCAGAGUAUACAACGUCGAAGCUUGAGUUGCUCAAGGCCAAGUUCAUGGAUGAACUCACGGAGCCGUGGGUGCAAUGUGAUUACUGCAAUGGUUGGGUACACCAAAUUUGUGCGCUGUUUAACGCGUGCGAGAAUGCUGACGACGACGAAGAAGUGAUGUACACUUGUCCGCUGUGCCGUCUUCAGGAGCUGGAUGCGUUGGAAAAGAACGACGAAAGUGGUAUGUCUCCGAUUGUUACGUCGGUCGAGGACUUCCCGGUGAAAAUGCAGCACGAGGGUUCGCGACCGCAUAGCCCUGCGCUGGAAUGCGGACCGUAUAGUACCGUUUUUACGCGAGCGCUGGGAUUUGAUGGCGAGAGCAAAGGCAAGGCGUUUGACGAUUUGCCGCGAAUAGAUGUAGAUGCUGCAAAUGCCAGCGCCUCUGCGGAGUUUACGAAGAGUGAAAGUCUUCGUUCGUGCGAUUUGUCGCGGUUUAUGCAGAAGUGGGUACGGCAGUCCCUUGAGGUGCUUGGUGAGCAGGAAGCGGCUCAGUCGAUCGUUGUCAAGGUGGUAUCUGCGAUCAAAGGUUCUUGUCACGUGAACGCAACUGUGCGCGAAAACUUUCGGUCUGCAUUUCAAGAGUACCCUCAAACCAUUGGCUACACGUCGAAAGUCAUCUUCGUUUUCCAGAUGAUCAGCGGCAUCGAAGUCUGCAUAUUUUCCAUGUAUGUCCAGGAGUACGAUAAGCACUGCGAGUUACCUUCCAACCGUAACCGGACAUAUAUUGCGUAUCUGGAUAGCCUGGUGUACAUGCGUCCGCGGCACGUGCGGACGAGCCUAUUCCACCAGACCCUCAUCUCCUACCUGGCGUUUUGCAAAAGUAAAGGGUUUGAAUACGCGCACAUCUGGGCAUGUCCGACCACGCGCGGAGGUGAUUUUAUCUAUUGGUGCCACCCAUCUUUCCAGAAGAAUCCUGGCAAAGAGCGUCUUCUUCAGUGGUACCUGAGCAUGUCGAAAAAGGCGAAGGAGCUAGGCGUCGUUUUUGCGUGCGAUGACUUGUACGCUCGCGAGUUUGAGAUGUUGGAAGACACUCUUGACACGCAUCUUCCUCCUUAUUUUGACGGUGACUAUUGGCCUAGUGAAGCCGAGCGAAUUGCUGCGUCUCCUCCGAAGAGAGGGAGGAAAGAAACUGAUACCGGGAGCGUGUGUAGUGCAAAGUUCCGCAAGCGAGUCGGGGAGCUGGUGAAGGCUGCUCGCGAGUCGCUGUUUGUCAUCGCUCUGCAGCCAACGUGCGCUGCCUGUGAGCAGCUGAUAGUCAACGCUGCGUAUUGGCGUGCGAGCGAGAUAGGGACUAUAGACAAGUACUACUGCGCGAAUUGCCAGGUAGCGGCAGCCGCAGAAGUAGACGCUGCCGGGCAGGCGAUGUCACUCACUGAAGUGGCUCCGCCCGAUUUCGUCGAAGCAUGCAGCAGCAAUAGUGAGACGGGGGAAGCAGAGAUUUCUUGCCAGUUUCUUGAUCACCGUCCAGAUAUGCUGAAGAACUGCGAAGAGCGCCACUACCAGUUCGAUAGCUUCCGGCGCGCGAAGUAUUCGACGAUGAUGCUCGUCUAUCAGAUUUCCACGACGCAGCGUGUUACUUAA